GUGUAAUGUGUUCCACAGAGAAGAGAGGGUGAUAUUGAAGAGAGAGGGUGUUACAGUAUACGCGCCCUAACCUGCCCUAACCCACGAAGAAGAGGACAAAGAAGAAGGGUGUUGUUACAGUCAAGAUUCUUACCAUUCUUACAGAUGGUUACAAUGCUACAUGGUCUGCAGUCUGCAGAUUACUUUUUCUGCUGAGGAUUAUUUUCACCCUGUAGGAAAUAAUUUCCUAAGCUUCAAGCUGCCAGGCAAUUAAAGGCGGUGGUAGCUGGAGCUGCUCAGAGGAGGGUCUGCCCGGCCCGGCGCCACCAUGAGGGGAGCCUGGCCGCGCGCGCCUGCCGCCCAGGCGGCGCCGGCAGAUACGGCCGGACUGCCGCCGACCGCCGUCACAGCGGUGCGUCCGGACAUGGAGGCAGGCGCCGAGGAGCCGGAGCCUAGUGAGCUGUUUGGCGAUCUGGGUACCCUGGUGGUCGAGGGACGGACACCCGGCGGUCAGCGCGGCUUCCACGAGGGCCCGCACUGCGUGCUCGUCUAUCCGUACCGACAGAAUAAGCACGUCUGCGAUGCCAACAGCGUCGUGUGUCAGCGGGAGAGCGAGCUGCGGCGCUACAUGUACCUGCUCUGGCGGAACAACAUCCCCAUGUCGGUGGAGGUGCUGCUUUGCCCGCCGUGCUGCCACGGACGGAGCCGAGCCGCCGCUGUGGACGCCACUCCGGAGCCAGGAUACCUGCUGCUUGAACAGUGGACAGUGCACAUGGAGACGGCCACCCGGUGCCACCGGUCGUCAGUGGGCGCUCGUGCACUGCUGCAGGCCGUCUACUCGUAUCUGCACUUCUCACAGUUGUCAGCCUGGUUGAGCCGCAGCGGCGGCGCGGUGCCCAGCAAUGUCAUGUAUCGCAUCACCGUGCCUGGGGACGCGUUUGGUACGCGCUUUGCUGGCGGGACGCCACAGCUGCACACCUUCCCGACGGCGUACCUGGCGCGGGACCGAACUCUGGUCCAGGUCAGCGUACGCGCUCUGCCGCGCUGCGAUGCCGUGCCCUCGAUCCCGUGCGCCUCGUGUCGAGCCGGCGAGGUCGAGCAGCCGCUGGGGGCGUGCGCCGCGCCGCUGCCGGCGCCCCCGCCCGGCCCGGCCGCCGGCGCCGACGCCGCCACCGACCAGUGGACGGCGGAUGAUCUCCGUCGCAGCAUCAUCAAAUGCCGACUGCAGGGGGCGCUGUCCGACUCCCGCGACUCCCUGCUGGGUGACUCACUGUUGGACCCACCGCGGAGUCUGCACAAGUACCCGAAACGGUACCAGAGUCCCAGCCGGUCCGGCUCCCCUAGUCUGGAGACGCCCGAGCACCUGAUGUUCGGCGGUAGCCGCGAGAGCAGUACUGAAAGGCGGGCGGACACCCUGAGCCGCCGGGUGAUCACGGACCAGUGUGCCGCGCCAGACCUGGCCUGGACCCAGGGGCGCGCCACGUGGCGCUCCGACGCCAGCCCGCCGCCGCCGCAGCGUCCCGACCUGUACCGGCACCGGCGCAGUCCCAGCCGCGAGCACCGGCGGGGACACUUCUACGAGGUACACCACGCGCCGGCGCCGGGCGGCAGCAGCCCGCUGGACGGCAGUGAUGACGCCCACCGCAGCCCGCGACAGUCGCGGCGUAGCUAUAAGGACGAGUACCGGGUACCACCGGAUGGAGAGCGGACGGUCGGGGAGCCAAAGGAGGAGAGGCUGGCUGCCGAGCCGGCGCCGGCCGCCGACCGGCUCUGCCAGAGCGAGCGGCGCGCACAGCAGGUGCAGACGGAGAGGUCGCAGCCGGUACCUCGGCGCAGUCCUCAGCGAAGUCGCAGCGACUGUAGUGCGGUGUUCCGGCUAACGCCCGACGAGACACAGCAGGUGGUCGCUGUCCUCAGGCACUCCGGCCCACCGCCGUCACCACCGGCCGGCCACCAGCCCGCCACCGCGGACAACCCGCUGCUCUCCGCCAUCGAGCGCGCCGGACAGGUGGACGCCCGCACCGUGCGCAUGCGCACCAGCCACUUCUUGGCGCGCACCUCUCCGGUGUCUUCGUCCCGACUGACGGGCCAGCAGGAGGCGCGGCCGCUGCUCUCCCCCGGCCGGUCCGCCGACGGUACCCGGCUGGUGCGGCUGGUGCGGCGGGCCCUCAGCUUCGAGCAGCCGCCCGCGGCGCCGGAAAGGACCGACCCCCAGCCGUGCCCGCCGCUGGAGUCCGCCAGGGGGACGGACGGCAGUCGGAGUGAGACGGUGGCUGUGAGAGGACGGAGUGAGCGGGUCCCCGGUGGUGCUAGCCCACGUGUGUCAGACGCUGUCAGUGAGCGGCUCUCAAACGGCUCCAGUGACCGCGCCGCCAGCCGUGUGGAGAACAUGGUCGCCAGUGGUUCGUGUGAGCGAGUCUCGAAUGGUUCGUGCGAACGGAUCUCGAACGGUGCGAGCGAGAGGACGUCAAACGGCCUGUGUGAGCGGGUCUCGAACGGUUCGUGUGAGGUGAUCUCGAAUGGUUCGUGUGAGACGAUCUCGAACGGUUCAUGUGAGCGGGUAUCGAACGGUUCGGGUGAACGGGUCUCGAACGGUUCGAGUGAGAGGACAUCGAACGGUCACGGCGUGUCAGACGCUCCGUCCAGUGAUCGGACAGGAGACGGUGACCUGUUGGACGACAGCGGUACAUCAGCUUUAAACAGAAAAGGAUCUCGUAACCUCAAGUCAAACAAUCUUAUCAAACGUCUCUUCAAGAAGGAGGAGCCAGAACCGGAGGAGGAAGGGGAAACACAACAAAGGCAAACGCUGGCGGGUAGCUCGGCGUCCCGCGCUGCCGUGCGCCGCUCGCUCGACCUGAGCGGGCCAGCGGCGUUCAGUCAGAAGACCGGCCUGCCGCUCAACUCGUCACCGGCACCGCUGCGCAGAGGCAACGCGUUCCAGUUCGACGCGGCCCUUACCAAGGUGAAGACGUUCAGUUCGGCGCUGAACGAGCUGGCCGGCGACUCCGGCGCCGGGGACAGCGAGCGGGACGGCCGGCAGCUGAGCGCCAGCUGCCCGGCCGGCGUUGUCUCCCCCCUGCUGGGCAGCUUCGAGGAGUCGGUGCUGAACGGCCGGCUGGGCCCGGUCAGCACCGUCGAGGGCUUCUCGGCCGAUAUCGGCGCCAGCGGCAGCUUCCAGCCCAAACACAUCCGACUGCCGGUCACCGUGUUCUUCUACUCGCUCAGCGACAACGAGAAAAUCGCAUCGCCCUACAUGGGCCACGUGCAGCUGGGCCGCAAGGGCUACCACGUGCCGAAGAAGGGCACACUGCAGGUGACGCUGUUCAACCCGCACGGCACCGUGGUGAAGAUGUUCGUGGUGAUGUACGACCUGAGCGCCAUGCCGCCCGGGUGUCAGACGUUUCUGCGGCAGCGGACGCUGUACAUGCCGGUCGGCGAGUCACCCGAGCACCCCGACUCGCAGAAGUGGCUCCGCUACCUGAUACACCUCAGGUUCGCCACGGGUCGCACGGGCCGCGUGUACGUGCACACGGACCUCCGUAUGAUCAUCUUCCGCAAGUCGGACAUGGACGCGGCGGCGGUACACACGAGCGAUUCGGCCGCGCACGAGAUGCGGUCGUUCGUGCACAUGCCCGACAACCCGCGCUAUUCGCCGAGAAAGUAACGCGGCACAGCCGCGCUACCGCGACUGAUGGGCUUUCAUGAGAGGAGUGCGUUCGCUGGGACUGCGGCAGGUCGGCCGGGGUCUGCGGCGGAUGACGCUGUGUCGCACUGUGUUGAUGUGAGCGAGGAGUAUCGGUAAUACUGGUUAGUAACGCCGACCGGUGAGUCACGACGUAGAGACGGCCGGUGUCUCGCGCACGGCUCGGCUCCCUGCCGAGUGCUGGGCGGCCCAGCCGGUCAAUCCGACGUCUCUCGUCCGCUCUGGCCACGGAUCUGAGCCGUCCGACGACGGUGUUGUAUCCCGAGGAGCGAGGGAAGAGGAGAGGAGCUGAUGCCUGACGGUCAUACUGGAGACUCCAGACAGAGCGAGGUCUCUAUUCAGGAGCCAGGAGCUGGGUGGCCAGGAUCUCAGAGCUUGCCAUGAGUGGAACGAAGAGUGGGCGAUUACAACCAGCUGCCAGAUUCAGCACUUCCACGAGAGCCGGAGUGCUCUCACGAUCUCUUACUGAGUCAACUUUCAGAGGGAAGUGACGAACUUGCCAACUACUUUCAGAUUGGCAGAGCGAAGUGUCCUAAAGUCAGCGGAGGAGAACUUGUCCGAGGUAUUGCAGCCAGCCACCCAGUUAGGGCGAGCUCUUCCGCACAGAACUGCCAGUCGGGUAGAAACUCCAAGGAAAUCGCCGAUACAUGGCUGCUUCUGAGGGCCAGUGCCCAUCUGAGAGAAUGGUAUACAUUGGCUCAGCUAAUGUAGAGUCAAACAGAAAAGCGCACACUUCUUUUGUGCUCAGAAUGCACAGAUGGAUCAGACUAUUAGUCGAUACAGAAGCGGUGCCAGCGCGUUACCGAAUCUUCCCUGUCCGUCACACCAAGUUACGGCACUCGAUCAGCUGAUGAGUCUUGCCGAUCAGUUGAUCAGCUGUUGAUGAAUCAGUUGUGAGCUGGACAUGGGAUGAUUCGGCUGAGACUCCCGAGCGGUAGUCGAAAACAAUAACCUAACAGGGUCACCAUAGUAACACCAUAGGUGUACCGCUGAUCUUAGAUACUGGCUCUAUUAUCCCUUGAGUACCGGACGAACCGAUCUCCUUAGAAUGGCGGGCGGAGCUACAGGGCUUCCCUGGCGGCUCGGCGCAGUGGGGUGGCUGUCUGCAGCACCCCCGGUCCGCCUGUCCGCCGCACGGCCGGCGCCCACCGAGCCGGCCCCCUCGACCGCAUUACUUGUUUGUGUAGUUGUCAAUGUCUUUCAGCUAUUUUGUAAAAUCGGAUUGUAGAUGUAUAGUUUUGAUCGGCGUGGUGACGCCACUCCGAUGGCGGUGGACUGAGUAGUGUAGCUGUGGUGAGAAUACAGCAGGCUCGGUUUGACAGUGCUACUGUUACUGCACCUUCGGGGCAGUGCAGGCCUGUGUAAGCACACCAAUGGUUGAGCCAGGCGGUACACAUUUGUAUAUGCGAAUGUUGGGGUCCUGUCGGGUCUCUGUGUGUCAUUGGGUUUUCAUUUUGUGGGGUCUUAGCGUUUUGUUUUCGAUUUUAAAACGAUGUAUCUCACUUUUGGACUAUAGAAACGGUUUCACUUGUAUAAACGCGCCUUGUUUGCUGAUGAGCGACUGUAUUGUUUGAAUCGUUUGCUGCGCUGUUCUUUGGUGACUGUUCUCUGCGUGCGCUCGGGCUGUGGCCCGCGCUCCUUCCCUCUAUAUCCCCUCACCCCUCUGCUGUGUGGACGGUAUCAGAGAGCACCCGAUGGUGGCCGCCCCUGUCGGCCCGGCCUCGAGUGUGCGAGUGGCAACCAAUCAGCUUUACGUGCCGGUGUCAUUGUGCGCCGAGAGCUAGCGAAUGGGCAAUAGUUGGAAAUGCAUCGUAUCGGAUUAAAUAUAUCUAUUUACACACUG